AUGGCAAGCAAGUACCAUGUUCGUUCAAAUAGUUUUCCUUCUCAAUCUCAUCCAAGCUCUACAAGAAUUGAACAAGAACUCAACAAAAUCAAGACAUGGGAAGCCACAUCUACAUCUGAUUCAAUUAGCAAUGGUCUUUCCAUGCUUGAAGAUUUGUAUAUUUCUUUGGAAGAUCUUCUCAAUAUGACAUCAACACAAAAGGUCAUUUCUCAUCAUCAAUGUGAGAAAUCCGUGGAAGAGUUGUUGGAUGGUUCAAUUAAAAUUUUGGAUAUUUGUGGCAUCGCAAGAGACACCAUGUCAGAAAUUAAAGAAAAUGUUAAAUCACUUCAAUCUUCUCUUAGAAGGAGAAAAGGAGAUUCAAGCAUUGAAAAAAGUAUAUUCGAAUAUAAAUUCUUCACAAAGAAGAUGAAGAAGAAUGUCACAAAACUUAUUUCAUCUUUAAAACGCAUGGAAUGUAAAUUUGGAGCUUCCUCGCUUUUAAAUCAAGAUCAAGAAGUUGUUGCCGUGAUAAAAGCUCUUAGAGGUGUCAUUGUAAUAAACAUGUCACUCUUUCAAUCCAUUUUGUCUUUCUUAGCUUCCAAGUCAAAGGCAACCAAAUGGUUGAAACUGGCAAAAUUGGUGCAUAGAAAGGAAGUGACGUGUGAAGAGAAUUUCAACGAAUUGCAGUGUGCAGAAGCAUCUUUGAGAACCCUUUUAAGAGAAGGUUCUGAUGCUGCCGAGAUGAGGGCAGCACAUGAAAGUUUGGAGGCUUUGGAGAAUGCAGUUGAAAGGAUAGAAAAUGGUUUGGAGAGCGUGUUUAGGCGUUUGGUUAAAACCAGAGUGUGUUUUUUGAACAUCAUGACUCAAUAG